CUGGCGCAGUCAUUGCUUGGUCUGUAUGUGGCACGGUGAAGAAUAGGUUAGCUGCAGCUGGUGAUAGCUUUGUGUACAUUUGUUAUUGCUACUGAUUAGUGAUAUCGCUACACGUGAAUCUCAAUCAGCUGUCACGUCGGUAUCGAAUGUGUUGUGAUUAACUGUUUUGAGUUCGUCUUUUAUUCAGAACAUUUCCUAGUGUAGUUUGAUGUCUUCAUUGUAGCUUCUCUACCUGGAUUGGUUGCCAGUGUUUGUAGGACAGUCUGAACGCCUAUUGAAGGUGUGUGCGUGCGUGCGUGCGUGCGUGUAGAGGCGGAUGGUGUCCACAGCUUUUGUGCUUUGUCUGAAACGUCUUUCCGGGCACGUCAUUCUUUGAAUAGGCAACCUUACGGAAGAAAAGUCCCUGUGUGUUCAAUGGGAUCUCCGGUGUGGUCCGGCCCAUGUUGACACCCGGUGACGUCACCGUGAGGGGGCUGUUGACCUCGCAACCUUCUCGCUGACAGAUACGCAGGAUGGGACUGGCAGCGUCUUACGCUGGACGCCUAGGACUAACGGCGUGGCGCCGGAAGUCGACUUUGCUCGGCCUAGCAGCGGGCCUGGUACUGCUCGUCCUCUGCCUGCAAUACAACACCGCAUCUCGGUCUGACUCCGCCGUCAAGCCAGAAGAUGGCAUUCAAGAACCGACUUCAGGCAAAGAUGACAAAUCACCACUCCAGAGAACUUUACGUAAUCAUCAGGAAGGUAGAAACAGUGAUACCCUAGGGAAAGUUAGUAAUGAUCUCCAGUUACCUCGUGUUCCCGACCCAGAAGGAGGUGGCAACUUGCUGGAGGACAAUGCAGAUGAUUUGAAGCGAAGUAUCGGUGGUGAGAACGUUAAGUUCGUGCAGGCAGAGGGUAAGGAGGCCGUAGUGACGUCAUCACACGAAACUGUACCAGGCAAACAUCAGUUUCCUUCGAAGGCACGUAUACCAAUGGAGCAGCCAGCGCGUGAAGACGUGGCAGCGAGGAAGGCGUCCGUGGAGCAGUUGGACGUAGACGUCCAGCGGGCCGUUGUGGAGGUGUCGACCUCAGGACCGCAGUCAGUAAUGCAGUACAAUAGCUAUGACCAGCAGGGCCUCUACCAGAUGGGAAUCCCAUACGUUAACCUCGACCCCAGGAAGCCUUACGUUCCCGAGCAGCGGCUGGUGCAUUUUGACUUAAAGGGGGCGCCACCUAAGGUGAGUUACUUGAAGCGUCUGUUUCCAUUGAUACGCGAGCUCGGCGCCACGGGCGUCCUGCUUGAAUGGGAGGACAUGUUCCCCUUCACCGGCCCCCUUUCGUCGAUCGCUGCUGGCAACGCUUAUUCCCGUCGAGAUGUGGAGGAAAUCCUAACCGCAGCCCGCGGAUCCGAGCUUGAGGUCAUACCCUUGGUGCAGACUUUUGGACACGUCGAGUUCGCGCUCAAGCAUCCGGAAUUCUCCGGGCUCCGAGAGGUUCCAGAAUCUCCACAAGCGCUUUGCCCCUCCCUGAACGCCUCAAUGGACUUUGUGGAGAAGAUGAUUGAACAGGUGAUGGAACUUCACCAGGGUGCCCGGUUCCUUCACAUUGGCUGUGAUGAGGUGUUCCAGAUGGGGGAGUGUCGCCGCUGUCGUUCCCAGAUGCGAGAAACUUUAUUCCUGUCACAUGUUGCCCGUGUCGCCAGCUUUGUGCGCAGUCGCUAUGGUGCAGUCACUCCCAUUAUCUGGGACGAUAUGCUGCGGCACCUUUCACCACAGAGUCUCGAUGAAUUCCACAUGGGAGAACUCGUGGAACCCAUGGUCUGGGUCUAUGCUGAGGAUGUGUACCGCUUUGUCCCGACUAUGGUAUGGGAGAAAUUUGCAUCCGUGUUCCCCUACGUGUGGACGGCAAGCGCCUUCAAGGGUGCCUUUGGAGAGACACUGUACAUACCGAAUGUGAAGAGACAUCUGGAGAACAAUCUUCGAUGGCUUGAAGUUAUGAGCGCUGAGGGGCCCAAAUUCAAGGGCGGCAUCAGAGGUCUCGCUAUCACCGGCUGGCAGAGAUAUGACCACUUUGCGGUGCUAUGCGAGUUGCUACCUGCUGCAGUGCCCUCAUUAGCCAUCAACCUCCUGGCCACAAGCCACGGUUACUUCAACCAAUCACUGAAGAGUAAGCUGCAUUCCAGCCUUGGGUGCUCCCGGCCAGGCAGUCCCUCCUCUAGCUCCAGUUACAGCCGGUCAGAGGCCAUUGUUAACCUGAACAGUGAUCCUUACCUCUGGGACAAAUUUGGUCGCUGUUUUUUCCCAGGCUCUCCAUUUUUCAAACUCACUUAUCGCCUUCAUGCAGCAGAAAUUGAAGUUAAGGAGUUCCUCGAAUCUGUUACAAAGUCCAAAGGUUGGAUGACUGAUUAUAAUAUUCGUAGAAAGUUUUCAAGCCCGUUAAGGGUUGAUGAACUCAUGGGAGAACAUCCUCGAGUAUAUCACACUCUUACAUCACUGGCGCGCUCAGCGAGGGACGCUUUGGAUGAUGUUUUUGAUAGUUUCACCAUCACAGAAUGGGUAGAACAACGUAUUUAUCCAGAUAUCCAAAAACUAGAACAACUGCAGCAUGACUCUUUAGCCCUUAAGUCUGUUCGAAUUUGGCCAAAGAGGCCUCUCCCACCUCUCAGAGAUCUCAAAAGACUUGGUGCACCAAUGCCAGAAGAUGAUACAUCAGAUACUAUCCCAGUAUCUCAAUUAUCAGGAAAAUAGCGCCAUUAUUUGCUUUAUAUCACUGGCUUUGUUAUAUUGCUGAUGCUGGAUAUCUAAACAAUGACACAUUCAAAAUGAAUGUUCAUGUUGUUGACACAGCCAUCAACAUGGUGGAUAUUGGCUACUGUUUAAUGGUACAAAACUUUGGAAAAACUGUUUUAGCCAUGCACAGCACUUAGCACUAUUGUCAGUCACAAAACAAUGCAACAUAACGAAGUUGUGCGGUUAAGUAUUUAUGAAGCAAAGUUUAAUCACUGUUUUAAAGCAAUAGCAAAUUAAUGUCAUAACAAUCAAAUGAAUUUUAUAUUAAUUAUUUUUAAUGAACGUGAUAAGAAAGAUAUUAUAUGAAGCAGUGAUAGAAGAUAGUUUAGAGAGUUUGUUUCUGUGAAUGUAUUAUAAAUAUUUAAAAGAGGAUUUUUAAUGACUAGGAAAUGAAACAUGAUAUAAAUGCAUAGUGUUACCUUCCUGUCAUAUUGUUAAUGUGCCUAUGAAUUCUUUAUUGACAGAGAGAACUUAAAAUCAGUGUUGUUGCAUGUUUUUAUUUUAUAACUGCACACCGGCACAAGUUGAGUGAAGAUCAGUACAGUCAGGGACCAAGAGGACAUUAUGACUGGAACUUCAGUCACGGCAAACAUUAGGACUGGCACAAGAUGUGAACUUAUAUUUUGUUGAAGACAGAAACUAGUGGUAGGCUAGAGAGAUGAUGUAACAUUGUGUGUAGAGUCAGUUUAGAGGGAUGUCUGACAGUGUGUAUGUUUGUGUGUGUGUUAAGUGUGCUCCUGAAAAUGAAUGUGUAAUGUCUGUGGCCAGAAGAGUUGUUUAAAAGAAAUGCAGUCAGUGUAAUGAAAUAUGGAUAAGAUUUUAAUGAUAUUUCUCCUUACAUUCAGUUCCUCACACUAAAUCAACACGAACUGUUAGAAACUAUAUGAUAAACAUUUUUGGCAGGUUGAGCUGUAGUAUCAUACCAGACAGAGAUAAACUCUGGCCUAACAUCCAUUUUAUGCAUAAAUUCCAGUUGAUGUUUGUUUA